AUGCAGGCCCCACCACAAAUGAUGGAGAUGCCAGAUCUCUCUAAUGCCAUAAUGGCCCAAGAUGAGAUGGGAAGACCUCUUAUCAUAGUUAAAGAUCAAGGCCGGAAGCAAAAGGCUAGCGGUGUUGAGGCCAUAAAGUCACAUAUUCUGUCCGCAAGGUCAGUGGCGUCAAUCCUGAAAACGUCCUUAGGUCCUCGUGGUUUAGAUAAGAUUCUUGUCUCACCUGAUGGAGAAAUCAAUAUUACAAAUGAUGGUGCCACCAUUCUUUCUCAGAUGGAGUUUUCCGAUGAGAUUGCCAAAUUAUUAGUGGAAUUGUCCAAAUCUCAAGAUGACGAAAUUGGCGAUGGGACCACCGGUGUGGUUGUUUUGGCCGGUGCUAUGUUGGAUCAGGCUCUAGAACUUAUAGAGAAGGGUAUUCACCCCAUUAAGAUUGGUGAUGGACUACACGAGGCUUGCAAAGUCGCUGUUGCCAACUUGGACAAAAUUGCCGACCAGGUUACAGUCUACGAUGGAGAUCAGGUCGAUCGCAAUGCCCAACCAGAAUCAGAACUUUUCAAAGCUGCCAAGACAUCUCUGGGUUCAAAAAUCGUCUCUAAAUUCCAAGAUAAGUUCGCCAAAAUGGCUGUUGAAUGUGUUCUAGCAGUAGCUGAUUUGUCGCGUCGUGAUGUUGAUUUUGAACUCAUCAAGAUUGAAGGAAAUGUUGGAGGAUCUUUAGACGAGUCUCGUUUAAUUCGUGGUGUUCUGGUUGACAAAGAACUCAGUCACCCACAAAUGCCUAAGACUAUUGAAGACGCUCGUAUCGCUAUUUUAACGUGUCCAUUUGAACCACCCAAACCUAAGACUAAACACAAGCUUAACAUCGGUACCGUUGAAGAAUUUGAGGCUUUACAAAAAUAUGAACAGGAUGCAUUUGCUGAAAUGAUUGGCCACGUUCAGCGUGCGGGUGCGAACCUCGUUGUAUGUCAAUGGGGAUUCGACGACGAGGCUAACCAUCUGCUGUUGCAGAAUCACUUGCCUGCUAUACGUUGGGUUGGAGGUCCGGAAUUAGAAGCCAUUGCUAUUGCUACUCGUGGAAAGAUUGUGCCUCGCUUUGAAGAUCUAUCCGCUGACAAGUUGGGUCAUGCUGGAAUAGUCCGAGAAUUGGAAAUGGGUACUACGCGGGAACGAAUGCUGGUUGUAGAGGAAUGUGCUAAUACCCGUGCCGUUACAGCACUUCUUCGGGGAUCAUCUAAAAUGAUUGUUGAUGAGUCUACCAGAGCAUUGCACGACUCGUUGUGCGUUGUAAGAAACUUAGUGCGAGACAACAGAGUUGUUUACGGUGGAGGUGCUGCAGAGCUUUCUUGCUCUCUUGCAGUUUCUGCUGCUGCAGACAGUCAGAAGGGAAUUGAUCAAUAUGCAUUCCGUGCUUUUGCUGAUGCCUUGGACUGUAUUCCAAUGGCCCUUGCCGAGAAUUCUGGUCUUGACCCUAUUACAACAGUCUCAACUCUGAAAGCUCGUCAGUCUACUGAAGCCAAUUCUAACUUGGGAGUUGACUGUUUGGGUUCUAAUCAAAAUGAUAUGAAAGAACUCUUUGUGAUUGAUCCUCUAAUUGGAAAGAAGCAGCAACUUCUCCUAGCCACCCAGUUGACGCGGAUGAUUCUGAAGAUCAACAAUGUGAUCAUCUCCGGAAAGGAUGAAUACUAG